GUGAGACUUGAGGGUACACAAGACAAAUCAGACUCCUGAAAGGGGUACAGUAGUCUGAAACCGUUGAGCGCCACGGCUUUAAUCACUCAACUAAAGCUUGGUCGGAAUUUUUCAGAUUUCAAAAUUUGGAUUUAAGAGUUUACUUGGCAUUUUGACCAGAAAAAUGGAAGGAUUUUUUUUAAGCCAUCAUUAGAACCGGCUGGAAAUUGGAAUUUCCAUUUUGUGAAAUUCUGCAUGAGGUUGACCCUUCAUUUUUGUUCCAAAUCAGAACCAAAUCCAAAAUCUUUUGCCAAAUCUCCCUUGAUGGAAAUUUUUGCAAACCUUCCAUUUUGCUUGAAACUCAGACCUCAGCCUCUUCCUCCACGUCCUCCUCCUAAAAAUUUGCCAAAAUCUGCACAAUUUCAGUUCCAAUGAAAGUGCAUCGCUCAACAGAAAAACAUUGCAUCAGAAAAGCUCGUCAUUAUCCCUUUUUUCUGGUUUUCAACCGAACAACUGGUGUCAGGAUCAUGGUUAGCACUAAAAGCCCUGCCGGAUAAAAUGUGUCAAAGUUCAACAGCAUUUUGAGUUUGAAUGAACGUAAGAUCAUAAGAACAAAGGUCCAUCUAGCCCAGUAUCCUGUCUUUCGGUCUUUCGACAGUGGCCAAUGCCAGGUGCUGCAGAGGGAAUGAACAGAACAGGUAUUCAUCAACUGAUCCAUCCCGUUGCCCAUUCCCGGCCUCUGGCUAACAGGCUAGGGACACCCUCCCUGCCCAUCCUGGCUAAUAGCCAUUGAUGGGCCUAUCCUCCAUGAACUUAUCUAGUUCUUUUUUUAACCCUGUUAUAGUCUUGGCCUUCACAACAUCCUCUGGCAAGGAGUUCCACAGGUUGACUGUACGUUGUGUGGAAAAAAUACUUCCUUUUGUUUGUUUUAAACCUGCUGCCUAUUAAUUUCAUGAAGAAAAAGGGGGGGGGGGAGAAAUUGAUCCAUUUCUGUCAUUUCCCACCCUGAGCGCUACUGAUGUACUUUGUUAUUGUUUAUUAUUGGUAUUAUCCUGGCUCCUUAGAGCCCUAGUCCUGGCCCAGAAUCCCUCUCUGCUAGGUGCUGUAUGGACACAGAACAAAAAGACAAGUCCCAAAGAACUGACAAUCUAAGCAGUGAAAUUGUUGUGAUCGACUGUUGAACAGCCAGGUACUAUUACUGGUCUCUCUCAUCCAUAGCACGUGCACGUCCCACGCCAGCUCUUCGUGAUUUCAUUGCCCUUGAUGAAACCCCAACAUUGGCAUCAGCAGGAUCUUUCGAUGACGAGACUGAGCCCACCCCUAGUUCUGUGGCCGGGACAGCUGAGUCUGAAGAGAUCAUCUGCGAACAGACCGUGCUUCUCUCCGCUGGGGCCGCAGCUGGGGCUGCCGCCGCAGAAGAGACCAGCCUGAGUGAGGAUCCCAGCAGCGACCCCUGGGGACAGGACAAAUGUGACUUGUGUCCCAGAGAGGAGGGGCCUCCGGAAGAAAUACAGCCUGAGACUGUUUGGGGCCCAGAUGGGAAGCAGGAGACGUACAGGGUUCACCUCCUGGGGCCAGGCUCCUUCCUUUGCUCUGAAACCGAGCUGGGGUUCGAGGUGAGGGCAGCUGUGACCAUCCAGUACGGAUACGACUCCUGGGAUCAGCAUCUGAGCACAUCUGAGAAGCAGCAGUGGAUGGUGGCCGGCCCUUUGCUCAACAUCCAAGUGGAACCAGCCAGGGCCGUGGCAGCCGUUCACCUCCCGCACUUCCUGUGCCUGGCGGGGGGAGAGGUCGAUGCCUCCCGGAUGCGAAUUGCCCAUUUCGUUGAAGGGGGGAUGACCCUGGAGGAGCCAACGGGGGUGAGGCCGUUCCACGCCGUGCUGCAGAACCCCAGCUUCUCCCCUCUGGGCGUGCUCUGGAGGAAGAUACAGUCUAAAUGCCAGGCAAAAGUCCACUCCCUGGCACUGCUCUACCGGGCGCUCAGGGCUGCGAACACAACCCUGCACCUCUACCUGAUCCCCAACGACCGUUCCCUGAGACAGGCCGUUAGUGACCAUGAGUCCAAAUGCCCCUCGGUGCGUGUGCACAAGCCUUCCAGGACCAAGCCCUUGAAAUUUGGCUCCUGUUGUGUGGUGUCCAGCUCAUCCCGGCUUGAGGUGAUACCCGAGGAGCUGGAGUUCUGUUAUCUGGGCCCCACGCUGGAGCAGCCGUACCUGGAGAUCUACACCCGGGACAUGCAGGAGGGGCUGCAGCUUAGCCUGUUGGAAAAGAUAGAAGGGGAACCAGUCUGGAAGGCCUUGGUGAGACCAGAAGACGUGAUGGUCUGUGUUUCAUCUGCCCAAAUGCAGACAGAAGAACAUUUCAUCGACCAGCACAGAGAACAGCUGAUCCAACGGGUGCGCCAGGUGGACGGCUUGCUGGAUAAACUGUACAACACCGUGCUGGACAACGAGCAGUACCAGAGCAUCCGAGCGGAGAGAACAGACCCGGAGAAAAUGCGGAAGCUCUUCGACCUGCUCCCGAGUUGGAACCGGGCCUGCAAGGACCAGCUCUACCAGGUGCUGGAGGCCAAGCAGAAAUUCCUCAUCCAGGAGCUUAAGGGGACAUAAGACUGGCUGCCCUGGCUCACAGCAGGGGCCCAUCUAACUCAGUAUCCUGUCUGUGACAGGGGCCAGUACCAGCUACUUCAGAGGAAGGUGCAAGACCCUCCUCCUUGACAAUUCUGGACUAAUCUGCCCAUGUUGGGUUAAACCCAGUGUCCCCAACUGGGUAAUCCAUUCUGCUUCCUUAAACUUUCCUGGCUCUGACACUUUGUACCUCAAAAGCAGCACCCUGGAACCCCUAUAUUCACCACAGUCAUGUAAUUAUUAUAAGUUUUGUACAAAGGAUGCCUUGUGAGGUAUCAUUUUUAAAGUCUUAAUCUGAAUCAUUAAUAGCCUGUUGGAUUGUGUGUGCUAUCAUUGUAUGGGAAGUUAUGAAGUACUGCUGUAUGUGUUACUGAAAUAUGUGGUGAGGUUGGGCACACCCACAACCAUCCUUUCACUUAUAACAAAUGACAGACCUGUGGGUGGCUAUCUUACAACAGAAAAACUUCAAAAACAGACUCCAACAAGAGACUGCUGAGCUGGAAUUGAUAUGCAAACUAGAUACAAUCAACUCUGGUUUGAAUAAGGACUGGGAAUGGCUGAGCCAUUACAAACAUUGACUCUAUCUCCCCUUGUAAGUAUUCUCACACUUCUUAUCAACCUGUCUGUACUGGGCUAUCUUGAUGAUCACUUCAAAGGUUUUUUUUUUUUUUUUUCUCCCUUCCUCUUACUUAAUUGGCCUCUGAGAGUUGGUAAGACAACUCCCACCUGUUCAUGCUCUCUCUCUGUGUGUAUAUAUAUCUCCUCAAUGUAUGUUCCACUCUAUAUGCAUCCGAAGAUGUGGGCUGUAGCCUACGAAAGCUUAUGCUCUAAUAAAUUUGUUAGUCUCUAAGGUG